AUGGAGACGAAAGAUAUGAUGAUGACGAGCGUGCUGACAAUGGACAAUAGCGAGAAUGAGGGAGAGUGGGGCAAAGGGAGACAGGAGGGGAAGGGGGAAGAGGAGGAGACGCAGCAGGGAAAUGGUAGACCGGCGCUGGCCGAUGGUCUCGCAGACAGGGGGACCAAGGGCCUGACCUCUGGCCCCGGCCAGCAGGUGUCCAACGGCUUCACAACAUCCACUCCUCAGAGCCCCAGGGAGGGACCAGGGACAGCAGCCGGUGCUACGGGCACAGCCUCCGGCUCUGGAGGGGGAGCUGGGUCUUCAGCGCUGCUGGUUGGCCUUCGAACUCUAGUGGUCCAGCAGACCAGCUUGGAGAGGCCCAGAGAGACCUGGAGCAAAAAGAUGGACUUCUUGCUCUCUGUCAUUGGCUACGCCGUGGACCUGGGAAACGUUUGGCGCUUCCCGUACAUCUGCUACCAAAAUGGAGGAGAGCGAGGUGCCUUUUUACUGCCUUACUUGUUGAUGGCAGUCUUUGGAGGAGUCCCCCUGUUCUACAUGGAGCUGGCUUUGGGCCAGUUCCACCGCAGCGGCUGCAUAUCCAUCUGGAAAUACAUCUGCCCCAUCUUCAAAGGGAUUGGCUUCGCCAUCUGCAUCAUAGCCCUAUACAUUGCCUUCUACUACAACACCAUCAUGGCCUGGGCCCUCUAUUACCUGCUAUCGUCUUUUCGGCCCGUCCUGCCCUGGACCACCUGCAGCAACAGCUGGAACACAGUCAACUGCAACAGCUACAUGUCCUCCGACCGCAACGUGUCCUGGUCCAACUCGUCGACGUCCCCUGCCGAGGAGUUCUAUACUCGUCACGUGUUGCAGGUCCAUCGCUCCCCAGGUCUGCACCAGCUGGGCUCAGUCAGCUGGCAACUGGCUCUCUGUCUGCUCUUCAUUUUCACCAUUGUUUACUUCAGUAUCUGGAAAGGAGUUAAAACAUCUGGAAAGGUAGUGUGGGUGACGGCCACGUUCCCCUAUCUGGUCCUCUUUGUCCUCCUCAUCAGAGGGGCCACACUGCCAGGGGCCUGGAGGGGCGUCGUCUUCUAUCUCAAACCUGACUGGGAGAAGCUGCUGAGCACCACAGUUUGGAUCGAUGCAGCGGCUCAGAUCUUCUUCUCUCUGGGUCCGGGCUUCGGUGUGCUCCUUGCCUUUGCCAGCUACAAUCCAUUUCACAACAACUGCUACAAGGAUGCACUGGUCACUAGUUCAGUGAACUGUUUGACCAGCUUCCUGUCGGGCUUUGUCAUCUUCACCGUGCUGGGCUACAUGGCUGAGAUGAGACAGCAGAGUGUGGACGCUGUGGCUAAGGAUGCAGGCCCCAGUCUGCUGUUCAUCAUAUAUGCGGAGGCCAUAGCAAACAUGCCCGCUGCCACGUUCUUUGCCAUCAUCUUCUUCCUCAUGAUUAUAAUGCUGGGUCUGGAUAGCACGUUUGCAGGUCUGGAGGGGAUCGUUACAGCCAUGCUGGAUGAGUUCCCUCAUAUCUUGGCUAAGAGACGAGAGUGGUUUGUCUUUGGACUCGUGUGUGUCUGCUACCUCGGAGCUCAGUCCACACUCACAUAUGGGGGAGCGUUUGUGGUGAAGCUAUUUGAGGAGUAUGCCACCGGCCCGGCGGUCAUCACCGUGGUGCUGCUAGAAGUCGUCGCUGUUUCCUGGUUUUACGGUACCAACCGUUUCUGUGACGACAUCCACCUCAUGCUCGGCUUCUACCCGGGCGGUUUCUGGAGGGUCUGCUGGGUGGCCAUCUGCCCCUGCUUCCUUCUGUUCAUCAUCAUCAGUUUCCUGGCCUUCCCUCCAGAGGUCAAGUUGUUUAACUACCACUACCCCCCAUGGACCACCGUCCUGGGCUACUGCAUCGGUGUGUCCUCCUUCAUCUGCGUCCCUGCUUAUAUGGUUUACUACCUUCUUAACGCCAAGGGCACUUUCAAACAGGUACAGAAAUACCCUUGUAUGUCUUCUUUUUAUCCCCACCCUCCCUUUACUCACCUGAUUCUGUCCUGUAUUGUGUCUUGA